AUGACUAACAAUACGUUUAUUUAUAUACCAAGUUGCCUUCCAAUAGAAUAUUUCUCUAAAAACAAAAGAGAUGGCAAAAAACAAAAGAAAGAACCAAACUCGUUUAUAGUAUUUCGGGCAUGCUUCGCGGCAGAUAUAAAGAACCGAAAUAUUGAAAUAGGUGACGCUACUGUAAUUUCUGGCUUAACAGCCUAUAACUGGCGUUUAUUAUCUAAAGAACAAAAAAAACCCUACGAGUUAAUCUCGUCCGAAUUAAAAAAGAUUCGUCAAGCUGAAAACCUACACGAAGUGCGGUGUCAAGAGACUUCUAAUCGUCAAGAAUUUUACCAAGACGAGUCCUACCAAUAUCUUAGUCAUCAGGGUGACUUACAUAGGGAGCAGUAUCAAAACACUUCUAAUCCUCAAGAAUUUCAGCAAGACGAGUCCUACCAAAAUCUUAGUCAUCAGGAUGACUUAAACUGGAAGCAGUAUCAAAACGCCUACCAAAGCUUGGUCUUACACGGGGAGAAGUUUCAAGACACGUCUAAUCAUAAAGAAUUUCAGCAAGACGAGUACCAAAAUCUUAGUCAUCAGGAUGACUUACACGGGGAGAAGUAUUAA